AGUUUCUAUUUGUAUAUUCACCUUGAACUUGAAAUACGUGUCAUAAGACUAACCCUAAAUUUAUUAUCUACGAUUAACCUUGCGAAAUAUACAAACAGGCUUAGAAGAAGAUAAUAAAUCAACAAGUUUAAUCAGCUUAUUGAAGAAUUUAAAGUUUUUCUAAUUAAGUAAUAAAUGUUAAAACCAUAAGGUAAAAUCUUACUGAGAGCAAUUAAACUGGAAUUUUAUAGCGUUUUUGGAAAAUUUACAACUGCAUAACCUUCCACAAACAGAUUAUAGUAUCCCAAAGGAAAGGAUGCUGGACUUUGCAAUAUUUGCGGUCACUUUUGUUGUGGCACUAAUUGCAGCUGCCUUUUAUUUAUAUCCUGGAUCGAGAAAAAUUACAACAGUUCCUGGUCCGGAUUCUUCAGAUGAAAAGUAUGGAAACAUUCCAGAUAUUACAAAACAUGGCAGCAUGUUCGAGUUCUUAAAAGCACAACAUAAUAAAUAUGGUAGAAUUAUGUCAUUUUGGUUUUAUGAGCAACUGGUUGUCAGUAUUUACGGACCGGAAUUAUUUAAAGAAUGUUCAGCUUUGUUCGAUCUUCCGAAGAGAUUAUUUUCUCUAUUUCAACCACUUAUCACAGAGCAUUCUAUCAAUUUGACUAAUGGAGCAGAAGCACGAAGACGACAUAAAUUAUAUUCGAAAGUUCUACAGAAUCCAACAGCCUUGCGUAAAUACCUCGAUAUAAUUAAUGAUGAAUGCAGAAGAAAUUCGGAAACAUUAAGGGAGGUACCAGAGGAUGAACAUAUUUCUUUGCUUAAUAGCUCAAUAGUAUUAUCAUCAAGAAUGAGUUAUCGUCUUCUAUUUGGUUUUGAUAAAUCAGCUGAAGAGGGUAGAAGAUUAACGGAAAAUUAUCGAUUCAUAUGGGACUAUUUGGAGAAAUCUCUAUCCCCAAACUUUAUGCAAGAUACUGAACAAUUCGAAAGACGAAAGAACGAAGUUCACGCCGCUGUUAAAAAUUCUCUGGAAAAUAGAGUUGGAAAAGGAGAUGGGUUAUUUGUCGAUGUUUUACUUGAAAAUGUAGAAGAAAAAGAAGUUCAAAUUGCCGAUGCUGUGACAAUGUUAGUUGGCGGUUUACAUACUACUGGUACAACAAUUACUUGGGCUUUAUACUUUCUAAUGACAAAUCCUAGAGUUAAAGAAACCUUAAUGAGGGAGAUAUUUGAUGUUCUUGGAGAUGACCCAAUAGAUUUUGAGAAAUUUAAUCAGCUCACUUAUGUUAAAAACGUUAUUAAAGAAACACUCAGACUGUCUAAAUUAGCAACAUGGUCUGGCAGAAUAUCUAAUGUUGAAAUCACUUUGGGCGGACACAAAAUACCUCCCAAUACACCAAUAAUGAUUGCUAACGCUGUUAGCCAUGAUUCGGAAGAAAUUUGGAAAGAUAAGGAUCAAUUCAUGCCAGAACGAUUUGACGAAAACGUCGAACCAUUUCAAUUUGAACCCUUCGGUUUUGCUGGAAAGCGAAAAUGUCCUGGACAUAAAUUAAGUAUGUUGGAAAUGACUGUGUCUCUUACAACUUUACUAAGAGAUUUCGAAUGGUCUUUAGUUCCUGGACAUGAGAAAGUUGGCUUCAAAUUUGGUCUUGUUACUAUACCAGACAAAGAAAUUUGGGUAACAAUAAAGCCAAGAAAGUAA